UAAAGUGUGACUGGCAUGAAAUCCAAAGAAGGCAAAGAUGACGAUUCCCACAGGGAGAAGGGAAGGAAAUAAGAUCAUCUGUUUGCCUGGUCAACUUUUGACACUGAUAACACUUUUGCAACAGUGCUCAAAUUCUUCAUAACUGGAGAAAUCUGCAACUUUAAAUUAUUUUCAAAGUUAAAGCAUGGACUUCAGACUCAUAUCACUAAUCCUACUUAUACACAUUUCAGGCUGUCUAUCAUUGGACCUUCUCUCUGUGACCUGUGAAGAUGUUUGUGCUCUGAGGGAAAACACUGUGCAGCUGAGAUGUUCUUAUUCUGAAAUCAGCAUCAAAACUGUGUUCUGGUUCAGCCGGAAACAGAGUUCAAACUGGAGAAAGAAAGAUGAACCUGAAGAUUUGACUUUAGACUCGGACUACUCAGGACGGGUGAAGCAGAGGGUCACAAACCACCAUUCAACACUCACAAUUUCAGACCUGAGAGAGAGAGACUCUGGAGAAUAUCAACUCAUGAUCAUCAUGAAGGAUGGAGUUAAAUGUCUCGGCUCAGUCGCUGUCAAUCUAACAGUCACAGACUUGCAGGUAAGGAUGAUUCCUGCAACUACAGACCCGAGAGAUCAGAGAGUAAAACUGACCUGUGGUUCUUCCUGUGAUUUGCCAUCCAGACCACAGAAUUAUUUCUGGAAACAAAAUGGACAAUAUUAUUUGCAAUAUUCAGGAGAUAAUAUAUACAGAAGCAUUAUUGUACCCAAUGAAGCUGGCAGUUACUCCUGUUCUCUUACUCCAGACCAUAAGAUUUCCUCCUCUCCUGUGUGUAUUUCUAAGAGUGGCUGCUGGGAUGUGACUUACUCCUCUAGAAGAGUCUGUGCUUUGAUGGGAUCAACAGUAGACAUUUCCUGCACAUACUCACAUCCCUCUGGUUAUACUGUAAAUAAAACAUUCUGGCAUUACGGUCGGCCCGGUGACUUCAAGGAUCUGCGUGAGAAGCAUCAGUUUGCUGGUCGUGUGGAGUAUGUGGGGAACACACUGAGAAUCAAAGAGCUCAAGAUCAGCGACUCUGGAGAAUAUCGAUUCAGGAUCAUCUCUGACAGAACAGGAGGAAAAUACUCUGGAACACCUGGAGUCAUUCUUACUGUUACAGAUACGAUGGUGACAAGCAGCCCAAACAUUAUAUCAGAGGGACAGGAAGUGAUAUUAAGCUGUUCAACUAAAUGCACUCUGAACAACAAACACACUUACAUCUGGUACAAGAACAGACGGCAGGUAACGGAUGGAUUCACUAAAGACAACAAGCUGUACCUGGACUCAGUCAGUGAUGAAGAGCUUCAAGAGUAUUCCUGUGCUGUAGGAGAAAUCCAGAUCACCCCAAAUCAAGCGGAGAGCACAGCUUUACGGAACACCGUAAUCACACUGUCCGUGAUUCUGGUUCUUGCACUCAUAGGAGUCCUGUGGUAUAGGAGGAGAAGGAAUAAUCCAUCUCAGCAGCAUGAGGAGAGAAAUUAUGAUGUACAGUCAGGUUCUGUUACACUGUAUGAUAAUGCUGAAGCCUUAUCUACAGUCUGCAAACAGGACGUAAAGGAUCAGGACGUUCAUUAUUCAACUGUUAAUUUCAAGCAGUCUCACAUAAAGGACUCAUCUUUGGCACCUACUGCUGUGCAUUCAACCUCAGAUGAUGUUCAUUAUGCCUCUGUGAAGUUCAGCUAACACUCAGUUUAGACCCGCCAUAAAAAAAAAAAAAAACUACUGACCAAUUCAACUGUUGUUGUCUGCUGCCAUAUUGUCAAAUGUCUAUUGAUGUCAUUUGUGUAGUGUAAAACAUAAUUUUACUGAAAUUAAACAAAUAUGGAACAUUUUGUAAAGUGACUGAAUAGGUGUACAUAGGUGUGUUUCUCCUGAAUUAAAAUAAAUAUAUGCUGUUCUUCAACCUUGUUCAUCAAAACAUUCUUGAAAAUAGUAACUAUUAUGGUUUUGGCUCUAUUUUUCUUCAAAUAAAUGCUUGGUGCACAUAAUCUUUUCAAAAACAUGGUACUUUUUGAAUGGUAGUGUAUAUUCAUUAUGACACAUAAAUCUACAAGUUGUUGUCAUGAUCACCAGUUGAAGUGCUCUGGUUAGCCACCAGAGGUCACUCCACCCCGGACCAUGGUUACAUUUAUAGAACUUCAUUUCCCAUGAUCCCUUGGUCCUGGACUCCUCUUCUCUGUUCAUUGCACACAGCUGUUUUGAUUUACGUUAUUAGUUUCUGCCUAUUUAUACCUGGUUUGUUGCUGUUUGUUUUUUUGAGGUUUUGGUUAAUGUUACCUGCACGUCUAAGCACUUGCUCUGGUUUGUUUUCUUGUUUCUUGUGGGCUGUUUUUUUCAUGGAUUUCGACCCUUUUCCUAGCUUUGUACUACUCUGGUUAUUCCUAAAUAAAAGCUGCAAUUGGAUCUUA